AUGGCAUUGCACAGAGAAACAGAAACUGCAUUGCUCAAGCCCAUCAUUUGUACCUAUAAUCCCGGCCUUGUUCUUGGCCCAAGGGCUCUAGAAUACUUCAACAUUCUGAGAUCAGACAGUCUUACCGCUUCUGACUUCAAACACUCGCUUGAAAUAGAUCCCAGUUCCCUCCGUCUUCCGUGGCCCAGUUCCUUCCCAGCCAGCCGACAAUGCAAACACUGGCGUGAUGCUGAGAACGCCUGCAUAUCUUUCCUGAAAGAGGUUUACGCAAUAGACCCUUCAGAACGAGGGAAGUUGCCAGAUGGACUUUCUGACCAGUCGACCGAGCUCGCUUUAUCCCAAAGAGCGCGGUCUGCGAUCUCAAACGCAGUAAAUGCGGCUAUCUAUAUGAAUCCAGAAGCAAGUGGCACGAGAAUAUCCAUGGUCGCCAAAUUUUAUCUUCUUGCAUGGCUACAUGAUGGUCAGUCUCUAUUCCGUCUUAUCGAUGUCAUAUCAUUAGACGUCUUCGAGCCUCAGAAUACUGUGUCUGCGACACAUCGCCUUUCAUUCCGUCUUGCUCAAGAACUCACUAGUGAAGACGACGCUCUUGGUCAGCAGGUUAUGAAAGGUCUUCUAUCUUACAUUCACUCUACCAGAGAUCAGCCCAGACAGGAAUUUUCUGGGCUCAAAGACUUUCUUGAUUACCGUGCUAUUGAUAUUGCUUCAGAUUUCGUUUUCGCGUGCGUCAGAUUCGUCAACAGCAUCAACCUCUCCUCUGCCGGGGCAGAACCAUUGGACAAGCUCGUCAAUCUCGCCCGGGACCACAUAAUACUCGUUAACGACCUGUACUCGUUUGAGAAAGAGGAGAACGAUUUACAGUCGAAAAAUGCCACUAUUAUCAACACAGUACAUUACCUGAAGCUCCUCCUGUCAGUCGAAUCCAAAGCAGCAAAAGACAUUGCAUAUUGUCUUAUUCAGGACAUUGAACUCCAACUACAUGAAGAACUACGCAAAUUACGCACCCUGAGAUCAUUGGACAAGACACAGUUCAGGUAUGCUCGAGCGGUGAUUGAAUGCGCGGCUGGUAAUGUGAUGUAUUCAGUCACUUCAAAACGCUAUGGUAGAAAGGCUGCUAUUCCUUACAAGCCUUCAGACAGUCCACAACGUCAGGGAGCUUCCAUUCUGGCACUUUAGGUCAGCAGGCGAUACAUCUUCGAGGCGAAAGGGUGGCGUGACCAGCAGCGCUCCUGUAUCAUUACAUAUCAAAUGACACAAAGUUGUCUAUUAUAGUCACAGUGAAAGAUGAAACAUUACAUGGCACCUUAUAGGAACAGCAGUAGCAAGUUCGCUGGACGUCGGAAUAUUAUACUACUGUUGGGACUGGCUUGACAGAGGAAAGCCCUUCCACUUACGCAGGCCAACAAUUCUAAUCUGUCAUUUGCUUGCCUGCAGCACAGGGGCCAUAUGUUUUCCUGGAAUCUGUAAGAUUCGAGUCCGGUGGGCAGACAAAGGAAAAUAACAAAGAAAUAUUUGCUACCUAUUGGACUUUUCACAGUGCUCGGCACUACUGUUCAUGACCUG